AUGACAGAAGGGACAGCGAAGCAGGCGUUGGUGACGACGGGGGCGACGGUGACCUUCGAGGCACUCAUCCGGGCUGUUCUGGAGCCCCGGUUUCUUGAGACGCUGGCGCAGCACGGGUACGAGCGAGUGGUGGUGCAGUACGGGCGGUCUGAGCGGUCGGUGACGGUGAUCCGGGCUGCGCUUGGGGCGCUGGGCGACCGCGUGAGUGUUGCCAGCGAGCGGGACGAGCCGGACACGGGGCACACGGUCUGCGGGACGUACCACAGCGACGUUGGCGGCGUGUCGCUCAAGUGCAUACAGUUUGACGUGCGCUUGAUCGAGAGGUACACGAGGAGGAGCGAGCUGGUGAUCUCGCACGCGGGGACCGGGUCGAUCAUGGACACGUUGCGGGUGCGGGCGGGUGCGGCGCAGCCCGCCAGACGGCCGCCCCGGCUGAUCGUGAUGGUGAACACCGGGUUGCAGGACAACCACCAGACCGAGAUUGCGCAGGCGUUCGAGUCGCUCGGGGUGGUGACGAGUGUGGCGACCGGCGCCGAGCUGACGGACGCCGUCGUGCGGACGGAGCGGGCGGCUGCGGCCGCAGCCGCCCCGACGGUGGUGCUACCGGAGGCGUGCGGAGGCGCCGUGGAGGCCGUUGUUGCCGACGAGCUGCUUCCCGAUUCAGCAUAG